UCCAUCAGCGAUGUCAGAAGUGACUGUUCACGCGCCGGACGGUGGAUGGGGAUGGUUGGUUACAUUUUCCUCCUUCAUGUCACAUUUCUUGAUUGAUGGAGUGUGUUAUACGUUUGGAGUUUUCUUUCCGGAGUUCCUUAGAUAUUUCGGAGAAAGCAAAGCCAAAACGCAACUGUUAAGCUCAAUAAUGCUUGGAAACUAUUUUGUUUUUGGUAUUGGAUUUAGUAUGAUGUUCUUACCGUCGAUCGUAAUGAUCGGUAUAUACUUCGAAAGACGACGUGCCAUGGCCAUGGGACUGGCUGUUUGUGGAGCAGGAGUUGGCAACUUUGUAUUUGCUCCGCUUGGUAAAUUUCUUUUGGAAGAAUACGGCUGGCGUGGAACCAUGUGGGUCAUUUCUGCUAUCAUGCUCAACGGUCUUUACAUUCCGUUUAAUUUCCUGCCUGCCUUAGCUGGCGAUCUCAAUAUGUCUGCCAAUCAGAGGGCAUUUCUGAUUUCAUUGGUCGGUAUAUCUAACACUGUUACACGUGUUCUGGUUGGCUACGUGACGGACAAACCAUGGGCUAACACUCUGAUAAUCAUCAAUUCUGCCCUGUUAAUAGGUGGAGUAUUUACCUGUUUCGUACCAUUCUACACCACUUUUGUUGCCCUUGCAAUCUAUGCAGUCUUGUUUGGAGCAGUCAUUGGAAAGAGAGAAGUGUGCCCUAACCGGGGAUCGAACCAGAACCCUCGGCUUACUAGUCAGCCGUUCUACCGACUGAACUGA